AUGGCCAACAAACACAUCCUGGUCCUCACAGACAACACGGCCACAAAGGCCUAUAUCAACCGCCAAGGGGGGACACAUUCCAGAUCCCUCAUGCAAGAGGCUGAACAACUGGGCCUCUGGGCAGAGAGACAUCUACUGUCCAUAAGGGCAGAGCACAACUCGGAGAUGGCAAAUAGGGUCAUCAGGAAGAUGCUGGAGGAGGAGGAGAAGGUGAAGCUAUACUGGCCCAAACAGCCUUGGUUCGUGGACCUGGUGGCAUUCCUGGUGGCCAUCACAUCAGCCAAGCGGGUAUCAGAACUGACAGCCUUAUUGGUGAGGCAAGACUUCUGUGUGUUCCAUUCGGACAGGAUGGUGUUGCGGCUGGACCCAUCCUUCAUCCCUAAGGUAUCCAAAGAUCUGCCUGAGAAAGAGAAAGAAAUUGAAUGUAUGUUAAAUAACUUGAAUCAAUUUGAACAACAGUUAAGUCAGCUAAGAUUGUGGCUUACUCCCAUCAAAGAUCAAUUGGUACUAUACAAUCAAGUGGAUCAACCUAGAACUUUUGACAUUAAGGAAAUUGAAGCAACUGUAAAAUCUAAACAGCCAGAUGUGGAAGGAAUUUUGUCUAAAGGAUAUCAUUUAUAUAAAGAAAAACUAGCUACUCAACCAGUAACGAAAAAAUUGGAGGACUUAAACACUGACUGGAAAACAGUAAAUUGUUUAAUCCAAUCUUUAAAAGAAAAGCCAAAGUCUGCACUUCCAGUUGUCCCUUUGGGGGAUGAAACUCUAGUAUCCAAGGAAACUACUAUCUCCAAACAAGAAAUGCCAUCAUCUUUGCUUCUAGAGGUACCAGCCCUGGCUGAUUUCAAUAAGGCAUGGGCAGAUCUCAAUGACUGGCUUUCUCUGUUGGAUCGAGUGAUACAAUCCCAUAUAGUUAAUGUCAGUGAUCUUGAUGAAAUCAAUGACAUGAUCAUCAAACAAAAG